AUGGGCAAACAGAACAGCAAAUUGAAACCUGAACAGUUAGAUGAUUUAAGAAUAAAUACAGAAUUCACAGAUCAGGAAAUUCAAGAGUGGUACAAAGGAUUUGUUAAAGAUUGUCCCAAUGGCCAGCUCACUGUUGAUGAAUUUAAAGUAUAUUUAAAUUAG